AUGGUGGAAGAGGCAUUUAGAAAGUUCCUUCCGCUCUUUGACAGAGUGUUGGUUGAAAGAAGUACAGCUGAAACUGUAACCAAAGGUGGCAUUGUGCUUCCAGAAAAAUCUCAAGGAAAAGUGUUGGAAGCAACAGUAGUAGCUGUGGGAUUAGGCUCUAAAGGGAAGGUUGGAGAGAUUCAACCAGCUAGUGUGAAAGUUGGAGAUGAAGUUCUUCUCCCAGAAUAUGGAGGCACCAAAGUCAUUAUAGAUGACAAGGAUUAUUUCUUUCCUUUUUUUUUUUUUUUUCGAGAUGGUGACGUUCUUGGCAAGUAUGUAGACUGA